CCGUAUCACUGCUCACACUGUGGAAAGUGUUUUACUCACCAGAGUGAUCUCCAAACACACCAGCGCAUUCACACAGGAGAGAAGCCGUAUCGCUGCUCACAGUGUGGGAAGUGUUUUACUCACCAGAGUAGUCAUCUCCUACAACACCAGCGCAUUCACACAGGAGAGAUGCCAUAUCACUGCUCACAGUGUGGAAAGAGUUUUACUCAGCAGAGUGAUCUCCAAACUCACCAGCGCAUUCACACAAUAGAGAAACCGUAUCACUGCUCACUGUGUGGAAAGAGUUUUACUCGUCAGACUGCUCUCCAACAACACCAGCGCAUUCACACAGGAGAGAAGCCGUAUCACUGCUCACAGUGUGGAAGGAGUUUUACUCGCCAGAGUGCUCUCAAACAACACCAGCGCAUUCACACAGGAGAGAAGCCAUAUCACUGCUCACAGUGUGGAAAGAGAUUUACUCAGCAGAGUGCUCUCCAAACUCACCAGCGCAUUCACACAAGAGAGAAACCGUAUCACUGCUCACUGUGUGGAAAGAGUUUUACUCGUCAGACUGCUCUCCAACAACACCAGCGCAUUCACACAGGAGAGAAGCCGUAUCACUGCUCACAGUGUGGAAAGAGUUUUACUCAGCAGAGUGCUCUCCAAACACACCAGAGCAUUCACACAGGAGAGAAGCCAUAUCACUGCUCACAGUGUGGAAAGAGAUUUACUCGUCAGAGUCAUCUCCAACAUCAGCCGCGCAUUCACACAGGAGAGAAACCAUAUCUCUGCUCACAGUGUGGAAAG